GCGUCAUUGGCUUUACCGGUUUUGACUUGUGUGUGGGUUCUUCUAUCAUCUUUCUACUUUCCAUAAUUAGCAUGAAUCGAUCCUAACCGUCAUCUUUCGCCGGAAUAUACUCCCGACGCUCGAAAAGAAAUUAUGGGAUAUCUGGAUUUAGCGUUGUCGUAUUCGAACCCGACGCAGACAGUUGAAACUCCGGCGAGCGGCGGAGGUCUCAGCCAGAAUGGAAAAUUCAGUUAUGGAUAUGCGAGCUCAGCUGGGAAGAGAUCUUCUAUGGAAGACUUUUUCGAGACGAGGAUCGAUGGUGUUGAUGGUCAAAUCGUUGGUCUUUUUGGAGUUUUUGAUGGCCAUGGUGGAGCCAGAGCAGCUGAAUAUGUGAAGCGUCAUCUUUUCAGUAAUCUCAUCACUCAUCCAAAGUUUAUCUCUGACACCAAAUCAGCUAUAACUGAUGCCUAUAACCAUACAGACUCUGAACUUCUCAAGUCAGAAAAUAGUCACAAUAGAGACGCUGGUUCCACUGCCUCUACAGCUAUACUUGUUGGUGAUCGUUUGAUUGUUGCUAAUGUUGGUGAUUCAAGAGCUGUUAUCAGCAGAGGUGGAAAUGCCAUUGCUGUGUCAAGGGAUCAUAAACCUGACCAAAGUGAUGAGCGUGAAAGGAUUGAGAAUGCUGGUGGAUUUGUGAUGUGGGCAGGAACUUGGAGGGUUGGAGGAAUUCUUGCAGUUUCUCGUGCAUUUGGUGAUCGUCUUCUGAAGCAAUACGUUGUUGCUGAUCCAGAAAUCCAGGAAGAAAAGAUUGAUGAUUCUCUUGAGUUUCUGAUCCUAGCAAGUGAUGGGCUAUGGGAUGUUUUCUCUAACGAGGAAGCAGUUGCAAUGGUUAAGGAAGUUAAAGAUCCAGAGGAGUCAGCGAAGAAACUUGUGGGAGAAGCAAUAAAGAGAGGAAGUGCAGACAACAUCACAUGUGUUGUCGUCCGUUUCUUGGAGACAGGUCCAUCAAGCCACGUCAGCUCCUCGUCAUCCAAUGAAGCCAAUAUGUUGCUGCCGCCAGUUGGAGACCUCAAAAUCUCAUCCAGUGAAAGCAAGCAAGUUCAGAUCGACUCAGUGAAUAAACCAGAGAAUGUAGCGACUCGAAAACCAGUCCCUGCAAGUAGCUCAACCGAGGAAACGAACGUUAAUGGUUUAGUAGAUGAAAGUGGCUCCAGGCCGUGAAACACGCUUCUGAGGAGGUUCCAGAGGAGAGAUUAGUGACCGAUAAGGUAAAUAGCGUUGCUUCAAAGACAGCAAACAAAACUUACAGAUCCUUGACUGUGGUUGCAUUUAGGAUUUAUAUAUGUAUCUAAUGUGAAAUAUAUGUUUAUGAUUACUUCUACUUGUAUUUGGCUAUGUAUAGUUUAUCUUAUACAUUUGGAUAUGACUUUUCAUUUAGGUAUUUGAAUAUUGGUCUUCAAAAACAGAAUUUUCUUGAAGCUAAUAUCACAUUCAAACAGGUUUAAUUCA